GUGGUACUUUUAAAGUAGUCUCAUCAGAAGCAACCAAACUUUGUUUGAUGUUCUCACCACCAUUACCAACGGUAUUAGAAAGUCAGUGUCUUCUACAGAAAGUAGAAAUGGCUAUAUUGACAAUGCUGACAGUGUAUUACGGUUUACCCAAGGAUCAAGGGAUCACACUUAGGAAAUUUACAAAGGCCACAGUGAUUGGGACUAUUGAAAGUCUGCACACUUUAGUGAAAACUGUAAAAACAGAAAAGUCUAAAGGGUCUAAAGCUCAACUCCAGUCUACAGGUGAAGUUUGGCAAUGCUGCGAAUGUUUUGAUGAUAUACCAAAGAAUGACAAGGAUGCUGUGCUGAGAGUAAUCAACACAUCGUCUAACCUUGUGGACGAUGUUAUUGAAGAAGUACAAGAGGCCCUUCUAGAUGAAUCAGCUGAUGCCUGGGACGACUUAGAUGAAAUACUGGGACAAGAACACAAUAAUGAGGAUAGUUGGUCAGACAAAGACAGAGAACUACUUGCACCCUGUUUGGGACUAGCCAAAGCUUGCAAGGCAUGUCUUAAAAAAAUAACAGGUGCCAUUCAGAGUCAUGGUGACUGUUUAGUAAUCGAACACACUGCCGACUUAGAUGAUAUUGGUGAUAUUGUAGAGAAGGUCAGUCCUCUGUUAGAUGAGAUGGUGACAGGAAUAUACCCACCUUUGAAGUAUCAGGACAUUAGAACACAUGGAGAUGCACUCUCUAGUACACUGCGGAAUCUACUGGAAAGAGCCAAGUCAAGUCAUAUAUGUGAAGAAGGAGAUUCAGCAUGGCUCGAAUUUCUACAUGGUGCAGUAGAACACAAUGCUGAUAAAAUUAAAGAAAUGACUCUCGAGUUUGUAACAAUUCCAGAUGGAACGUGAGAAUAACUCAACAACGUCAUAACAAUCGCUACAUUUUGUGUAUAUAAAUAAAUUCUGUUAAAAAAACAUUUUUUUUUAACAUUCUGCUGCAGUAAAACAGUGUACUUGCAUACUAUAUAUAUUCAGAAUACUCAUGAAUAUUCAUGUCUUACUAGGUAUGCAUCGUAAUCAUAACAUGCUGUUUGUUUAUUUAAUAAAUUUGUAUGUAAAUAUAAAAACCUAGUCUACAAUAAUUGUAUGAUACUGCAGAUAAAAGUAUUAAAGUUGCUUUCAUGUCCAUAUU